AUGGAGGAGCUGGAGAACAACCCCAUGAACCCUGGUGAAGAUCCCGGCGACUACUUCAACCAGAAGCACCUACUUCGCACACAGCUGGAUAAGAUGGGAGAACCCAUCUCCGACCGCCGCUUCAAGGACAUUGGCGUACAGGGAUUCUCCGACGAAUACAAGGACGUCAAACUGAUGGUGUUCAGGAACCCAACCUUCAACGUCCUGGACAUGCAACCCACCAUGCGCAACAUCUUCUUGGACGAACAAUCGCGCAAGGGAUGGAAGGGACACAUAGCUCGUCGAGGAUUUGCCAUGGCAACGACCGCGUCUGACAUCAUCUGCCACAGCUGCUACGAGCGGGGGCACAUCAGCAGAAACUUCCCCAAGAUUAAGAACAGGGCGAAGAAGUAA